AUGGCUCACAGAGCAGAAGAAAUGGAUAUCGGAAAACUGCAACAAAAUGCCGGAGACUCUCUUGAGCAAGACAAAGUCCUUUCCAAUUCUGAAGAGAAGCAAAAUGAUCUUCAGAAAAAACUUGAAGAGGUUGAGGCUGAAAAGAAAGAAAUGCACAAAAAGCUGAAGGAAAGUGAAGUCGCCAUGAAAGAGCAUGAGAAAACCGUAGAUGCGUGGCUAGAGGCGGUAGUUAUGUAUCUUACUGCUGCGAACAAGCACCAGCAGAGUGAAAUUCAGAUGUACGAGAUUCAGGAAAAGCUUGAGCAGAGUGAAUCCCAGAAUAGAGAGCUUGAGAAGAUUGAAGAAGCUCAAAAGAAAGAACUUAAGAAGGCGCUUGAGCAGAUUGAAGCUCAAAAGAAGGAUCUCGAGCAACACGAGAUUAAAAUAAAACGAAUGAAAGAAAAUGAGGAGCUCCGGAAGAAGAUCACUGAAUUGGAGGAUCACAAGGAUCAGGCUGAGGAGGUGUUAGAUGAGGACGAGUCUCAUGAGGACAAGAUUGAACGUGAGAAUAAGGCCUGGAUAGAGAUGUAUCUUAAUCUGGAGAAUAAGCUUGAGCAGAGUGAAACUCAGAUGAAAGAGAUUCAGAAUAAGCUUGAGCAUAGUGAAUCCCAGAAGAGAGAGAGGGUUAAUCUUGACCAGGUGAAGGCUACUGAAAAUUUGUUAAAACAAAAGAAAGAAAAUGAGGAGCUCCGGAAGAAGAUCACUGAAUUGGAGGAUCACAUGGAUCAGGCUGAGGAGGUGUUAGAUGAGGACGAGUCUCAUGAGGACAAGCAUGAUGAGAUAGGUGAAAUUCAAAAUAAGUUAAAGGAGAAGGAAGAAGAGCUGGCCGAUAUUGAAGCUCUUAACAAUACACUUAUUGUAAAGGAGCUCAAAAGCAACACUGAACUGCAGGAGGCUCGUACAGAGUUAAUCAGAGGAUGGGAAUCAGCAAGUCGUGCUUUUAUUCGUCUCAAGAGAAUGGGAGGGAUUGACUGCAGGACAUUUCAGACUGCAUGCAAGAGAAAAUAUCCCACAGAAGAAAUAAAUGUAAGGGCAGCAGAACUAUGUUCUCUUUGGGAGAAAUAUAUUGGGGAUCCAAACUGGCAUCCGUUCAAAGUUAGCACGGCUUCCUUUGGGCAUUAUAAGGUAUACAAUUUCCUUAAGGGUGAUUAG